AUGAUGCAAGCUCCAGUAAUGGUUCUCAACACCAACACGAAACGCGAGACGGGCCGUACCGCACAAUUGGGCAAUAUUGAGGCGGCUAAGGCCGUGUCUGAUAUCGUGCGCACAACGCUAGGCCCACGCUCGAUGCUCAAGAUGCUGCUUGAUCCAAUGGGUGGUAUCGUCAUGACUAACGACGGCAAUGCUAUUCUGCGCGAGGUGGACGUGGCCCACCCAGCGGCCAAGAGCAUGAUUGAGCUCAGCCGGGCACAGGACGAGGAAGUGGGCGAUGGUACUACGUCCGUCAUCAUUCUGGCUGGUGAGAUUUUGAUCGUGGCGGAGCCGUUCCUGAGCCACCAGGUGCACCCGACCGUGAUCAUUCGCGGCUUUAACCGUGCGCUCAACGCAUCGCUGGAGAUUACAAAGAAGCUGGCACGCACUAUUGACAUUGAGAACAAGGACGACAUGCGCAACCUGGUACAGUCAUCCAUUGGCACCAAGUUCUCACCUCGGGUGGGCAACUUGGUGAGUGAUUUAGCCUUGGACGCCGUACUGACAGUUGUGCGCACGACGGCGUCUGGACGCAAAGAGGUAGACGUAAAACGAUACGCCAAAGUAGAGAAGAUCCCGGGUGGAGAGCUUGAAGAUAGUCGCGUACUGAAAGGAGUGAUGUUCAAUAAGGACGUGACCCACUCCAAAAUGCGUCGACGCAUUGAAAACCCGCGCAUACUCUUGUUGGACUGCCCGCUAGAGUACAAGAAGGGCGAGAGUCAGACGAAUGUGGAACUCACGAACGAUCAGGACUGGAAUACACUGCUGCGCUUGGAGGAGGAGUACAUUGAGAACCUGUGCGCACAGGUGGUUGCCAUGAAGCCUGACGUGGUUAUCACGGAGAAGGGUGUGUCGGAUCUGGCCCAGCACUACUUUGUGAAGGCGGGUAUCACCGCCUUCCGUCGUCUGCGGAAGACGGACAACAACCGCGUGGCUCGGGCUACUGGUGCAACUAUUGUCAGUCGCGCGGACGAGAUACAGGAGUCGGACAUUGGCACCAAGUGCGGCCUCUUCGAGGUGCGCAAGCUUGGCGACGAGUACUUUGCGUUCUUCGAGGAAUGCAAGGAUCCGGGAGCAUGCAGCAUCCUACUGCGCGGUGGUAGUAAGGACGUGCUGAACGAGGUUGAGCGCAACUUGCAGGAUGCCAUGCAGGUGGCACGAAAUGUCGUGUUUGAGCCGCUGCUGCUGCCAGGAGGCGGCGCCACGGAAAUGCGUGUCGCGCACGAGUUGAAAAAGCGCGCUGACGAAAUUGAGGGUGUGGAGCAGUUUCCAUUCCGAGCAGUCGGUGAAGCCCUGGAGGUCAUCCCGCGUACGCUGUUGCAAAACUGCGGUGCUGACGUGGUGCGUGUCAUGACUUCGCUACGUGCCAAGCAGGUCGAGACGGAUGAGUCGUACGGUGUGGACGGUGUGACGGGCAAGGUGACGCCGUCCGAGGAGCUGGGCGUGUGGGAACCCUUCCAAGUCAAGACUCAGACCAUCAAGACAGCCGUGGAAGCAGCGUGUAUGCUGCUGCGUAUUGACGACAUUGUGUCAGGUUUGGCCAAGAAGAAAAAGUAG